AAGGGGUCAGAAAUAAGACAGAUAGCGGAUCGGCCGCUGGGGCGGAGAGAAGAGAAGGGGGCGGGGAGAAAAGUUUCCUGUGGAACUUCUUCCCCCACUCUGGGCUCCGCGGCCGCCUAGCCGGGGCUGGCCGGGCUGCAGAGAGGCGGGCAGCUGCGGGGCUGCUGGACUAAGCAGAGGGCGAGCGGCGGCGGCGGCGCUGGGGGGGCUGGAGGGCUAGGCGCAGGAUCGGGCCCCCCCCUCCCCGCCCCUCACUAGAGCGCAGCGGGGCAGCGGGCCCAGGGAGGAGCGGUGGAGGGGGCGCGAGAGCAGGAGCCGACGGCGGCGGCGGCCGAGGCGUAGGGGGACGAGCAAGAUGAGCCUGCUGUCAGCCAUCGACACCAGCACUGCUUCGGUCUACCAGCCGGCCCAGCUGCUCAACUGGGUCUACCUGUCCCUACAGGACACGCACCAGGCGAGCGCCUUCGACGCCUUCCGGCCAGAGCCGGCCGGCGCCUCCCACCCGGAGCUGGGCUACGGCAAGGGCAGCCCCGAGCAGCUGGGUUCGCCCCUCAACUCCAGCUAUCUCAACAGCUUCCUCCAGCUGCAGCGUGGAGAGGCCCUCAGCAGCAGCCUGUACAAGAGUGCAUCUCCCUAUGGCUCUCUCAACAACAUCGUGGAUGGGCUCAGUUCCCUCACCGAGCACUUCUCUGACUUGUCUCUCUCCUCGGAGGCCCGCAAGCCCAGCAAGAGGCCACCCCCCAAUUACCUUUGCCACCUCUGCUUCAACAAGGGGCACUACAUCAAAGAUUGCCCCCAGGCUCGCCCCAAAGGUGAGGGUCUGACCCCAUACCAGGGCAAGAAACGUUGUUUUGGAGAGUACAAGUGCCCAAAAUGCAAGAGAAAAUGGAUGAGUGGGAACUCUUGGGCCAACAUGGGACAGGAAUGUAUCAAGUGCCACAUCAAUGUGUAUCCUCACAAGCAGAGACCUUUGGAAAAACCAGAUGGCCUGGAUGUCUCCGAUCAAAGCAAAGAGCAUCCUCAGCACCUGUGCGAGAAGUGCAAAGUCUUGGGCUACUACUGCCGGCGAGUGCAAUAAAACCUCCCAGUGAUGGUGGGCCUUCCCACUGCCCCACAGCCCUCAGAGCUUCUGGUGGCAGAGCACCCUGGGGCUUCUUGUUCCCUACCCAAUCUGCGAGAAUCCUGACCUAAAUGCAACCUUUGGGAAGAAAAGAAAUCACCAGUUAUCACCUAUCUAUAAAGGAAUAACAUGCCUUACAGUUAACAGAAUGUAACACGUGUGUGUGUGUGUGUGUGUGUGUGUGUGUGUGUGUGUGUGUGUGUCUGGUUUUUUCCCUCCUGUGUGUUUCUGGGUGCACCUGUACACAUGCAAAAUGUAUUUAUAGAAAUCUG